AUGUCGUUGAAGAAAUUCUACCGUGAUUUGGCCUUGGCCAAGACCACUUCCUUCGGCCAUGUGUCUAGCAUCCGUCGCGGCGAACUGGAAGACGGAAUAGCCUUCACGUAUUCGGACGAGUCCAUGAAUGUCGUCUUCGAUAUGGAACUCGUGAUUCGAGAUGUCACCGAGUACACGAAGGGAGCCACAUUCAUGCUCGUCACAUCCUACGGGGGCUCCGGCAAAACCGACGUCUCCGAGAACCUCCAAGCGCUUUCGGAGCAAAUACCUGCCCAGGGAACCGUAUGCGAAAUCCUCGCCUUCUUGUCCGACUCUCUCGCGACGGCACUGACAACACACUGUGAUGAUGGGGAUAUCAGUCAGACGUCGGACUUUGAUGAGGCAUCCUUCAUGGAUGAAGACUACGCUGAUGGAUGGGACGACCCACUCACGGCGACGGACGAACAGAACAAUCACAAUAUUCGUCUGGCUGACAACAAUAACGGCCCCGCCCCCGGGAACAUCGUGAACUCAGGUUUGGCGGAACUGAAGAGUGCGCUCUACAAAGCAAAGGCUGCAAGGCUCAUCAUAGGUCUUCUUCCGGCCGAGCCACAGCAGUUUCCACGCUUCAUUUCUCUUGCUAUUCGCGUAUCGGUUCUCGGACUACCAUCAGAUGUCCUCGAGGCCUGGGGCCUCAAGUCUGGCGAAUACCUGGUCCUCCUCAUUCACUUCGCCAACGGAUACCCCAGCCUUGCCAGAUAUCAGGCUCUCCCUGAAAAACAAUUGGACGUGCAAUUUCGGUUCGGCAAAUGCGCCGCCCCAAAGCCGUCUCAGAAAGCCGCUUCCCAGGCCUUCUUCGGAACUGGCGAAACACGACAGUCUUCUACGACAUCGGAGAACCCAAAGUCCAGCGAAGAUGACAUGAUUGACCCGUCCGCUUUCCUCGCAAACCACAUGUCGGCACCGAUUAAUAGGCAAUUGAAUCAAAGCCUGCAUACUCUGCUGAGACUUCGAAGGGGAUAUCGCACGUCAUGGGGUACGGCUCACGAGUUGCUUCGUCGCUUACAAACCGACCCUGACGAUGACAUCCAACCCAUGGACGUGGGCGAAGAGGCCAUUAUCAGCCCUGACGCUCCUGAGGCGCUAAAGGUGGACUAUGCCCUCGACGAUGAGGAUCAAGUGAGCAUCCCGCUGGUGGCAAUGCAGUUUGCUCUUCGACAACUCGUUCGCUGCACUGAGUCUUGCGUUGCGUGUCAGGAAAGCAUGGGCGAAGGACUUGGUUCAGGAUGCCUGAAGCCGUACGUCUGCGAGAAGCCGCUAUGCCUGUACCAGUACCUGUCCCUUGGUUUUGGUCCGAGCAUUGAGCACGAAAUCAUCAACAACCCCCUUGUUGUUGACUUUUUGGUGUCCCUCCUCUACUCAGCGGUCAUGACUGCAAGGAUCCGAGAGGUCCCGCUCGCUCUCGCCGUUAAAGUACCAAACGUGAACAAAGCCGCUCGAGGUGCCGUUGUGAGAGUAAACGAGACGUUUACCUCGGUGCGCGUACCUUUCGGAAAUGAAAUUUGGAAGGCUCGUGUGAGAACAGGACAAUUGUUCUUGGUUGCGGAUACUCAGAAGAGCGAGAGUCAGUCUCCCCAUCCCGGUACCCCACAGCGUCGUGCUCCUGCUAUCCACGCAGGCCCUCACGUCGUGCAUACGGACGGAAUCAACAUUGAACCAGCCGUGGAGGUUGCUGUCUGCCGCGCCGAUAGCGAUGCGGCGACAGGGUCCAUCCAUAUGACGCGCCUAUCUGGGACGUUCACAGUGGCCCCUGCUGCCACGAGCAGUAUCAGAUCUCGAGUGCAAGAGUUCCACCUGUCGAAGGAACCUGGUUGGAACUCAGCUUUGGUGCUGGAUUUUGACGACACCCUGCUAAGCCUUUCGGACGACGACCAAAGAGCGUCUCUUGCCCUUCUGAUGACCUGCAUUCCUCCUGUCCGGGAAAUGAGGGACUGGUUGUUGAAGAAUCCCGAACGAGCACUUUCAGAAUGGGAUCGUGUCGAUCGGUCACUCGUCGUCCUUCUGACCUGGAUCAUCGCCUCGAACAGAUCGCAUCUCGUCCCCGAUCAACAAAUUCCAGAUCAAGGCGCGCGACCAAACCCACAGACUACACACAAGUUUACACAUGGCGACCAAGGGGUUCCUGGCUAUCUUCGAUUUCGCUUCUUGCAAGGAGCGCCGGGUAAGGAAAGUCAGUUUGAAAAGGCGGCGCAACAUGUCAAUGCCAAAGGCAGCACGAAAUUUCCAACGAUAUUUGCCUGGCACGGGAGCCCCAUGGGCAACUGGCACAGCAUAAUUCGCACAGGGCUUGACUUCUCGACGAUAUCGCACGGUCGUGCGUAUGGCAACGGCAUAUAUCUGAGCCCGCACAUGGGCACAAGCAAUACCUAUUCUCGUGACCAUCCUGGCGGGUCACGGCCGCGCCUGUACACCAUGCCUCAGGAUUGGUCCAACGCAGAACUGUCGCCACUCUCGGCCAUCAGCCUUUGUGAAGUCGUCAACCGUAAAAAAGAAUUCGUUUCUACCACGCCGCAUUAUGUUGUCAAUCGAAUUGACUGGGUCCAAUGCCGCUAUCUGUACGUCGAGUAUGGCCAGGCCGUGACCAAAGCAAUCAACGAGUGGAUCGUCGCCCAGAAGAAGCAGCCUUUCAAAGGCUAUGUGCCACAAGCGUCCUCAACGCAAUUGUUGGACGCACAUGAGUACGGCGAUGCCGAACAUGCGGACGAACUCACUUCCGAAGAGAUCAGCUACGAUGACUGGAGCGGGGACGAUUUGGAGCUGCUGGGCCCUGACUCCGCGACCGAAUGCCCAUAUCAAGGGGAAACGAAACCACAAGGCUCAGCUCCGACUCUAUCAACAGAAAGGAGGCUAACGCCAUACGUCCCAGGCACGCUCGAUCUUAGCUCAAUCCCGAAGCUGCCUGAGCCGUCCUGGGCUGCCUCUUCUUCUCAAGCACUCAAGGUCUUGAGUCGGGAGGUGAAGGAUCUACACCGGAUUCAAUCAACAAUGCAUUUUUGCGAGCUGGGCUGGAGUGUGAAUAUGGAAGCAAUCGACAAUCUCUUCCGCUGGAUUGUUGAGCUGCAUAGUUUUGACACCUCGUUACCCCUGGGCCGAGACAUGAUACGCCUGGGCGUUACCAGCAUCGUCUUGGAGGUGCGCUUUGGAGCCGGGUUUCCCAUGUCGCCGCCCUUUGUGCGAGUUGUUCGGCCACGGUUCUUGCCAUUCUCGAGGGGUGGUGGCGGCCACGUCACCAUGGGGGGCGCCAUCUGUUCAGAGCUGCUGACCAACUCUGGCUGGUUGCCGACUUUGAGUAUGGAGAAGGUCCUAUUGCAAGUUCGAUUGGGACUUUGUGAGCUGGAUCCCGCAGCGAGGCUGGACUUGUCGAUGCAAGGCAUGGACUAUAAUAUCUCCGAGGCUGUCGAGGCAUACAAACGAGCCGCGGCGGCACACGGAUGGCAAAUUCCAGCCGAGAUGCAGGAGAUGACGCUGUCUUGGCGCUAGAGGCUUGUUUGCGUUUGACAUGGCGUGGGCUUCGGCAACUUGCAUUAAGGCGAGCGAGGAGGCACAGGUAGUCGUUCUCAAGAACAGCCGACUGACCGUGCGAUCUAGAACGGGCAACGAGUGCGCUACGCAUGGGCAAAGACUCAUUUCCGGAGACGAUGACUCGGUCGGGAUCCUUACACUGAAUCCUAUUGUACCUGUCUGGUCUAGGAGGCGAC